CAUUGUCGUUGUCGGUGUUGUUGCAAAUCGAUACUAUCAUUGUUCAGCGAGACCGUGAUUUUUCGGGCUCCAGCCUGUGAAAAUAUUAUUAUCAUAGACUAUAGAUAUUUGAUAUUCUAUUCCGCAGUAUUUGAUAUUUUGAUGCUGUCAGCCGUUUCUUUACGUUGUUUGUGGACGUAGUCAACAUGUCCGAUUCUGAAGUCUCCGAACACGAAGAACGUUCUUUGAUCAUAGUCAACAUGCCAGAUUUCGAAGACUUCGAACACGAAUUUUCCCUGAACAUAAUCAAUACGUCUGAUUCCGAAGACUUCGAACACGAAGAAAUUUCCCAGAACGCUUCCAGCAACUACGACACCGAUGAUAACGAACCUGAAAUGCAAAUAAAUCCAUUUUUAAUUUAUCCAAGAUCAUUGCAUAUCCCCCCGGAACUUCGAUUAGAAACACAUUAUGACCGAAGUUUAACUGCAGCACACCAGUAUUUGGGAGAUGGACUUCGUGAAGCUACUGGACGCACAGUGUAUGAAGAAGGUGUUAUUCAUACAAUACCAAUUAUUUUUUUAAAAUUAAACUUGUUGCCUGGACAAAUUCUGCCAAUUAUAGCUCGUUCUUCAGACAUUAAACUUAUAUUAAAGUAUGCCAUAUUACGUAAUCGUUCAUUUGGAGUUAGCUACAAACUUAAUAGAAAUAAGCCUACAUAUGGAACUAUUGCUGAGGUUUUUGAACAUUCUGUAGACAUAGAAACUACCGAGUCAUUUCAAAUUAAAGCUAUGGGCCAUCAACGAUAUAAAAUUUUACAAAUCGGUACAUUUCCAGAAAGUUAUGAACAAACACUUGCGUUGGCUAAAAUCAAAAUCAUACCAGAUAUUACAUUAGUUAAUCCAUAUAACAAACUGUGCUUAAAUCCAAACAAACGUCAUUCAAGCCAUGAUGACAAGUGCCGUAAAAAAGACAUGUGGCAAACUCAGUGGCCAAGUUGGGUUUAUAAACAGUAUGAUGUUUAUGAAUUGGCAUCUCGCCUUUCCAAAAAAGUUAAAAUGUUGUAUAAAGAUGUACAAAUCUCAGAUGAUCCAAAUUUGUUGUCAUUCCAAGUGACAAAACUUGGUAUAUUCAGUCAAGAACAAGUAAGCGAAUUGCUUGGUACUGAAUCAACAAACAUACGACUUCAAUUUGAACUACUUUAUUGGAAUAAAAUUCAAUCGAUGCAAAAAUUCAUGUGUGCUCGAUCUGGUUGUGGUAUUCCAGUUUGCAAUAUGAGCAAUGUAUUUCCAAUGUCUCCUGAGGGACCACAAGGUACUUAUUGUAACUCUUGGGGAAAAAUCCAUGACAUGAUUACAGUGACUGAACUAGACGAGGAUUUAAAUGUAAUAACAGUAGGAACACCGUCAACUGAAUGCUGCUGGUUCCCUGGGUAUCAAUGGACAAUAAUUUUGUGCCCAAACUGUCAUAGUCAUUUGGGCUGGAAUUAUUUGGUUGAAGAUAAUUUGCCACUAACACCAAAAUUAUUCUAUGGAUUAUCUGUAAGCGCCAUUACAUCUAUUAAAGACUACUUAGUGCCAGAUAGAGAAAGACUUGAAGAAAUCAAUGAUGGAGAGACGUUAGUUACGUUUUAAGAAAUCCUUUGAUUUUUUUUUUUUAUUUGUUAUUAAAACUAUUUUAUUAAAGUAAAAAGUAUGUAAUGAGCCUUAAAUAUAUAUCAUAUUUGCUGCUAUA